AUGCUCCGCAUCCUCAUCACGGGCUCUACGGAUGGUUUUGGCCUUGAGGCAGCCCGUCAGCUGAUCCAGCGUAACCACCUGGUAUACCUUCAUGCGCGGAGUCAGGAGCGCGCAGAGGAUGCCAAGGCGAAAUGCCCUGGGGCUGCUGGCGUGCUCAUUGCGGACUUGACAAGUGUGACAGAGACGCGCAGACUAGCCGAGGAAGCAAAUGCGAUUGGUGUCUUCGAUGCCGUCAUUCUUAAUGCCGGGUUGCUUUACGGACCCUUCCGAAAGACGCCAGAUACUGGCGUGCCAGCUAUGCCUUUUGUCAACGUUGUUGCACCAUAUAUACUUGCUUGUCUGCUUAAACAGCCCAAGCGUCUGGUUUUUGUAGCCUCUGUUCUACAUCGAUUGGCUAAAACAGACCUAAAAGAUAUUUUCUGGUUUGAGCGUGGAGAGAAGGAAUUUCAGGAUUUCCAAGCAUACUGUGAUUCGAAGUUUCAUGUUAUGCUUCUUGUCGGGGCAGUAGCAAGGCGUUUUACUGGUACUUCUGUCACAUCUUUGCAUCCUGGAUACGUUGCCACGAAGCUUGGAGGUGAAGGCGGUACAGAAAAGCUAGAGGAUGGCGUUGAGACAUACAUCAUGUUAGCUGAAGGUGAUUACGAUCAAAGCCUCUCCGGUCUCUAUUUUGAACCCAAAAGGAAGGUUGGAACACCCCUUACAGAGACAGCCAACGAAGACUUGCAAGAGGUUGUCCUCAAAGCUUGCGAGGAUCUCACCGGUCUCCAGCUGGGAGCUUAA